AACGUUUUCAACUCAUUAUUUUAGUCUCACUUCCUUCGUCUCCAUUCAUUUUCUUUUUCUUUUUCACCUUCUCCACACCAACGCACGCUCUAAACUCCAUUAAUAAAACUUUAAUACUGAUAAAUAUUCUCAUCCCAUUUCUCUAACUGAAACCUGAACCUAAACCCAUUCUUCUGAAUUUCCAAUUCUUGAUUUGUCUCUAGAGAUGCAAGGAGAUAUUAAUGAUAACGCUGCUGCUGCUUGUUCUUCAUCUGUCUCCUUUUGUCCCAGCUUCAACAGCUACGCCUCUGGUAAACUAGUUGAAAUUGCAACUAGCGUUGCGGAACGACAAGAAAACGGCGUCGUUAACGGUUUAGGUGAUGAUUUUGAAUUUGUUUCUGACGGAAGGGUGGGUUCUGAUGCACGUGAGUUGUUGGUGGAUGGGCAGAUCCGUCAGGUUUUUCCGGUGUUUAAUCGUGCGCUUUUGUUGAACGAAGAAGAUGGGUAUGAUAAUUGUCCGAGGAAGUUACGGGUGUCGUUGAAGAAUCUGUUUGUCGAAGAAGGAGGAAGAGAAGGUCCACCGCCGCCGUCGUCGCCGUCUUCUUCGGAGGAGGACGAACUGGAGGCAAUACCGGAGGACACCUACUGCGUUUGGUCACCUAAAAGGAAGACAACGGUUGUAGCAUCGCCGAAUAGAAGCAACUCAACCGGUUCAACGACAUCAUUUAAAUGGUGGUUUAAGUUUCCUCGUUUGCUCCGAAGAAGCAACAGCGAAGGAGGUCAGAAAGAUUCAUUCCUCUUUCUUCAUAAAAAGAAAACCAAUACAAAUUCCAAAGCUAAAAAACAACAACAGGGCUUGAAAGACGCCAUGGUCAAACGCAAUAGUGAUGAUAACAAACUGAAACUAUCGCCUUCUCACGAAGUGUUUUUCCUGAAGAAGAAGCCCAUAAAAGAAGGUGAAAACAAGAAGAGAUCAUCGCCGUAUAAACAAGAUUUACUUGGGUUUUUCGUGAAUAAUGUGAGCAGUUUAGGGAAAACAUUUGCUCCGUUUUAAUGGCAUGGAAGAUGGAGAUCUGGGUAUUUGGAUCUGACUGGUUUGUUUAUAAUUUCUGUAAGUAGUUAGUUUGAUUGGUACUGAAAAAUAUAAAAGGUGGGAUGUUUCUGAAUCUGAAGUCUGGUUGCCGAAAUGAAUAAAGUAUUGAUGAAGUGAGAUUUGUUCUUA